UACUACUGGAUGCAGGAUUUCGUCUUUAAGUGCUGUCGUCUGCCGUGCGAUACCCUCCACAUCGGACCGAACGCGCUGGCGUUAAUGGCCUGCGACUUUCACACCGAUCCGUUCUACCGGCGCAUUUAUCGACGCAAAGCGGAGGAAUUCACCAUUCAGGUCGAAAUCGACAUUCACGCCACGCGGCUGAAACCGGAUGGUGGUUUCGGCUGUGCAUUGUGGGAAGCAAUGGAGGCGGCGCUGCCGGUACCCAGCGACGGGGACGUGCACGACCUCUUCCAGCGCUUCAGAGUGGGCGGGGAUCUGCGUAACAAUAACAAACUGAAGGCACUCCUCUGCACGGCACUGUGCGCGCUGCAGUCGGCCGAUCCGCGUCCGUCGUCGCACUACCACGGGAAGAAGUGGUGUGUGGAAGGACUGGAAGAGGUGCAGUUGGAGAACUUGUCGCGCAUUUGUCGUCAGCUGCUUAUUGAACUGCGAGAGCUGAUGGUGGAACGGCAAUGGUGACGUUUGGAAGGGUCUCCACAGUGCUGUUCCGUGUAUGAUUUGCCAUUUCGACGCUAAUCUGUGUGUUCGUGAAGACC